AUGAAGCUUCUCACAAAAGAAGAAGAAGCUGCUCACUAUCGGGCUACUCUCCAAGGCGGCACAAUAGGCGUCAUUGGUGGUCUUGCUGUUGGAACCGCUGGAGUGGUUGCAGCAACACGUCGUUAUCCCGCUUUUAACCAACUGACCCUGCCACUAAAGGCUUUCCUGAUAACAUCUGCUGGUACCUUUUCCGGGAUUAUCGCUGCUGAUCAUGCAUCGCGAAGCUAUGAAGCAUCUCGCAAUCCUGCCGAUCAAGCAUACGCCUCACGUAAAGAGGAGAGAAGACAAGCUGAGAUAUCUGGCAUGACAUGGACGCAGAGAGCGAUGGCUUGGGGGAAAGAAGAGAGAUACAAGAUUGUUGGUGCGAGCUGGGUAGCUAGCAUGGUCGCUGCAUUCGCGAUUGUUGGGAGACAUCCAACUUUGACAGGCCCGCAAAAAUUAGUCCAAGCAAGAGUCUACGCCCAGGGUCUGACACUGGCCGUUUUGAUCGCUUCCGCUGGUUUUGAGUUGCAAGAUGCGAAAGACGAUAAGGGACGCUACGAAACAGUGGAGUACAUCGAUGAAAAGGACCACAAGAAGCAUACAAGACAGGUGGAGAGAGAACAGAAAUCUGAUGGAGAUACUCUCUGGAAGGAAAUGGUGAAGCAGGAGGAGGAUAGAUUGAGGGAGAGGGACGAGGCGAUCAAGAAAAUGGAGGAGAGGGAUCGGAAAAGGAGGGCUAAGGAGCAUAAGGAACAUCCGAAGAAGUCGAAGAAAGAGGAGCAGCCAAAGGAAGAGAAGAAGGAAGAAAAGAAGGAGGAACAGGGGGAGGGAGAAGAGGAGGAGGAGGAUUAUCAACCAGUUCCGGGCAAAAAGGGCGAAGGCAAGAUGAUGCAAAAGGUGUCGGAUCCUCCCCACCCUGGCAAAUCAGCUAUACCGUGA